GAGAGUGGACAGCGUAGAAGCGGACAUUUGAGUAUGAAUGGAAUCGAAAAUGUUAUGGAACGAAUUCUGAACGAACGAGUCAAAAUGGAACAACGAGUUCCGAUAGCAGCGGUGAAAGUGAAAGGAUUCCCGUCAGCGAUGAACAAAUACCAAUUAGGAGCGAUCUUCGCAAAUUUGAUCAUAAAAUCGAUUGAUUUGUGCGAAGAGGGUAAGGAUAAAUGUUGUGAUGGUGACGAACACCUGACACCGUCGACGAACAACAAUACAAACGCACAGUAUGCCCUUAUUGAAUUCGCCAACAAAUUCCACGCUGCCCAAGCGGCUAUUCAUUAUAACGGCUAUCGAGUGGAUUCAAAACAUGAACUGCUUGUCGUACCGGUGCAUGCUGAGGUUUUGAUGAAUAUUUGA